AUGGCAACGAACGCUAACCUCGCCUUGCCCUCUGAUCAUUUCAUCAAAAUCCAUCAGUUCACUGAUACUACCCACCGUGAUAUUUAUCCUUCUAUAGAUCCUUCAUCGCCAAAGUUGUCACAAAGAGGAAAAAAGAUAGUAGUCAUCGGCGCAGGACGAGGUAUUGGCAAGGCAAUCGCUCAAGCUUUCGUGAAAGCAGAUGUCUCCCGCAUGCUCCUGGUCGGGAGAGACGUGAACAGCUUGCAAGUCACGGCAGCGGAACUUAAGAAGAUGAAUCCAAGUGUCGACGUAACUGAGCUAGCGGCUGAAAUCACGUCUGAAGACAGUGUUGAUCGCUUGGAAGAAGUCCUUAGAUCUUGCUUUGGCACCCCUGAUAUAUUGGUUAACGCCGCAGGGUCGUGGUUAUCGAUUGAGCCCCUUGGCAAUAGCAUUCCACAACACUGGUGGAAAGAUUUUGAAGUCAAUCUGAAGGGAGGUUAUCUAGUUAUACGAGCCGUGCUUAGGGUGGUGGGGCAACACCGAGAUGUGACCAUCAUUAAUGUAAAUACGUGGGGCAUGUUGACGACCGGACAAGUUGCUCCAAGCUAUGCAAUCAGCAAGUUAUCCAUGCAUAGGUUGCUGGAGACAAUACCAUCGGCUUAUCCCAGGGCUCACUGCAUGAGCUACCAUCCAGGCAUGGUCAAAACUGACUUAGCCUAUGCUCAUCCAGAAGUCCUCCCAUUUUGUGAAGAUACUGUCGAACUAGCUGCGGCCACUGCAGUAUAUCUAGCAUCGCCGCAGGCUCAGUUCUUGAGUGGUCGCUACAUGUCCGCUAAUUGGGACGUGGAUGAACUAGAAUCCAAACGCCACGAAAUUAUUGAGAAGGAUCUGUUGAGAAUGGACCUGAGAGGAAACUUUGGAUGCCCGGCUCCUGCUCCAUUCUACACCGUGACGAUGUAUCCUGUGAAGGACGGCGAAGAGUUUGACAUGGAACGUAUGAUCAACAAACACAUGCCGUUGGCCAUGGAUCGUUGGAACGAAUAUGGCUUGCUCGGCUACCAAGUCAUACAGUUUGGCGCCUUUGGUGACAAGAAGCAACCAUACUAUGGGCAGCUGCUAAUGAAAUGGAGGGAUGCUGAAUGUCCUAACAUUGCAUUGAACUCCGAAGGAGCAAAAGAGAUUGAUGAGGAGAUUAAAAGCUGGGUUCCCAUUUUCGGUGUCUCCAUGACCGGAAAAAUUAUUUUCAUUGGGCUCAGUAUAAAAGACGAGGUUCCACAUUACCGAAGACUACGUGAGAGGAUCUUAACCAACGCCAAAGCAAUCCGUGUGAUGGCCACGUCGAACUUAAUCAAGUACAGGGUCGAGCACUUCCGCAAGGAGGGGGUUUCAGCAGAGGAUUUCGAGAAGUUCUUCACGGAGGUGCACCUAGCUGCAGCACUACCGUUAAUGAGGAAGUACGGGUUCGUCAAAUACGCCGUGGAGAGGCGGAAUCCCGAGCUUGCCGCAGCCUUUGAACCAAUGCUGCACUCUGUGCACCCAACGUGGAACGUCAGCGAGGCCGACAUCGUUAUUCAAUACUGGUUCCCAAGCAUGGAGUGCUUGAAGAAGUUGGUUGCGGAUCCUGAUUGGGACGGCAAAGCGGUCAAAGGUCAGGAGGACUGGAUUCAGAUCGAAAAGGGGACGGUGAGCCUCUGCCAUGAGACAACCUACAUCGACGAGGGCGAGAUCCUCCAAAUUCUAAGCAACAAAAAUAGUUCAUAG